AAUGAAAAACGCUCAAACAGUGGAAUUGAGGACAGAAACUUCUUCUACCCGCUACCGUUGACUCUGAUACGUCGCUCGAUAAUUGAAACUUUAAAGCAGUGAGAUUCUGAUCUUUAGCAAAAAAUAUGGUUUCACAAGUGAAUCUAGUGGCAAUUUGUGAAAACAAUCCAAACAAUUCGUUUCACUAGCAUCGCAUUCCGCGUUGUGCGAAUAGCAACGAAAUGGAUCAAACAUACUCGAUAUGGCCUGUAAAUACCGGUCAAACGUCUGGCAAUGUAGGAUCAUCCAUCAUUGCCGCCGCGGUGCCUCCCGGAAGGCAACUUAGAAUAGUGAAUAUUGGAAGCCAGAUUACGUCGGAUCAACUGAUGGGAACGGGAAUUGUGACAACUGGUGGUAGCAGGACCGUCUAUGGCAUUGGAACAAGUGAACCCUAUCAGCAACAUUCGACAGGACCGAUCAUGCUUCAAAUGCCCGAAACACGGCAGUAUAUUGUUGACGAGAGCUCGAUUCAAAACAUCGAUCAGAUGCCACCGGUUAAUCUGAUCAUGGACACCAGCACGGAUGCGUGUGAUGGGUCGUCCCUGGUGGUGGCAGAAGCCGACAAUCAAGUCUACCAUUUAGCGACGGAAUCGACCGGCGAGGUUCCGAUGGACGAAUACAGUGCGUCUAAGAUGAUGCAGUCAAACGAUGUCGCUUGCGAGCAGGAAACGCAGUAUGCCGAGGAAUGCGAAGUAAUGGAAGAGGUGAUAACGGACGAUUGGGUGCAAUCGCAGGGUGAGGAGUGUGUGCAGGUCACGGUAGAUCAGCUCGGCGCCAGUACGAUCGCUGGCCAGGUGGAGGAUGACAUUUCCGUUCCACUCGACCAGGACGAAUACACGCUGUCGAGGCCAUUUCCUUGUGAUUUCUGCAGCCGGAGGUUCCGGAAGAAGGCCAACUUGGAGCACCACUUGGUGGCACACUCGAACGAUCGCCCAUACGUGUGCAAUCUGUGUGGUGCUCAGUACGGAAGGCGUAUCGAUCUUACAAAUCACUUUAAACAGCACGCAUAUGCCACCAGCAAUCUGGACGAAACAACAGCGCUUCGAAGCGACGAUAUCGACUACGAUAUCUUGCCCAUGACACACCAUAGCAAGCAGCGUGCCCAUCAGUCCAGCGACGAUGAAGAUUUGUUCAACGAAGGGACCCGGGCCGUGAACUAUAAUGCGCAACCCCCAAUGCAGCUAAUUUCGUCGACAAACUCGACCACGACGACGUCUUCCUACGGUGGCAUCAGGUUACAAUAUAGCAACGAUCCAACGGUCGCCACAAUGAGUACCCUCCUCGAAGAUGGUUCCUUUUCGUACGACCAUAGCCCACCAACGACGGCGGAAAGUAACCGGAGUGUUAGUUCGGCGCGCAAAGCGCGUCAACCGGAUGCCACAAGCUCGCCGAGACGUCAAGCGUCCCGCGCCGGGAAAUCAGUACUCUUGAAGGGAAGUCGACGGAAUGCGGCACCAAAUAAUAGCUACAUAAAAAAGGAGCCGGGAACUGUCACGAAUGUGAUUGGUGAUGGUUUUCUGCCCCCAUUGGACGAGGGAACGACACUGCAGCAGCCGGCCUUCCCGGUGGUCGAUGAGCGGAAACCGUUCGUGUGCCAACAGUGUGGCGUUUCGUUUGGACGGGAAAAGGCGCUGGCUUCGCAUUCCCGCGUACACGGUGGCGACAUGCAGUUCCGGUGCACGACGUGUGACGAACGGUUCUGGGAUCGAAUGCUGCUGCAGGAUCACAUCCGGCAAAAGCACCCGGAUGUUUUUCACCCGCAGUUUAACAGUGGUGGUGGCCCAAAGCGUUCGGUCAAAACACACAAAACUAGUUCCUUCGUAGUUAAGGAAGAGCGAGUAUCAACGUUGACGAACGAUGCCCAACAGCAGUUCGUUUGUGAUAGCUGCCAUAUGGUAUUCGAUCGUCCGGAGCAACUGAAGAAGCACAUUCAGCUAGCACAUGGUCCGACUGCGGUAGUAGUUUCCGACAACACGAUCGUGAAGCGAGAGCUGUGUGAGAUGAUCUUGGAUGCCGUGGAUCAGAACAUCGGGCAAGACGACAUUGGUUACAUGAUAGAUUAUGAAGACCAGCAAAGUAAGAGCGAUUUGGCGGCGCAGGAACAGGACCAGCACCAGCAGCCUUUAUUCUGCCGCCACUGUGGUGUAGCGUUCACGAAAAAGUCCGAUCUACUGGCGCACACGAGCAAAAUUUGCAUCCGAAACGAACCGCACGAGUGUCAGCUGUGUGGUGUAAAGUUCCCCAACGAAAUCGUCAUCAAGCAGCACAUCCAGGAGUGCCACCGGCACGAGCUCACGGACUCGUCAUGUGCGAUAUGUGGAAAGUUGUGCAAAAAUCAGAACAGCCUGAUGAAGCACUCGUACGAUCAUUCGCGCGAACGGGUCCACUGUUGCUCCAAGUGCGGCAAAACGUUCCAUCACAUGGGCCGGCUCAAGCGGCACAUGGGUUCGCACCGGAACAAGACGGUACGCUGCGAGGUGUGCGGUGAGGAGUUCCCGGACGGCCGGUCGCUAAUGAACCACCGACAUUCGCACUCCAAAUCGAACAACUACCCAUGCAAGGAAUGCGGCAAAACGUUCGGUUCGCGAUCCUCGCAGCAGAUACAUCUGCGGCUCCACACCGGCGAACGACCGUACGCAUGUCGGUUCUGCUGGAAGGCGUUCGCGGACGGUGGGACGCUGCGGAAGCACGAACGGGUGCAUACGGGCGAAAAGCCGUACGGGUGUUCUGUCUGCCCGAAGGAGUUUAAUCAGCGGGUGGUCCUGCGCGAACACAUUCGUGCACACCAUUCGCAACCGGAACCGAAACGGGGCAGCGCGGAGCUACCGUACUACUGUCCCGUGUGCAGCAGUCUGUUUGCGACCGGGCCGGAGCUAGUGCAGCACCUCAUCGAGCACAGCGAUACCAACACGGCCAUGAAGCGCAAACCGCCCACAUACCCGCGCAAGUACAAACGCCGCCGGAAGCUGAAACCGCACGAAUUGGAGCGGCUGCAGAGCGGGCGUCGAAGGCAAAAGGCGGCUUCUACGCUGGCGGCAGGCGAAGAGGACGACGAUGAUGAGGAGAAUGAGCAGUCGCUGGACGAUGAUGAUGGUGGCAAUGAUGAUCAGCAGCGGUACGAAAGGACGAUGGUACUAGAGCGUGAGGAUGGGACGUUAAAAACGCCCAGUGAAUUGUUCUACGAAUACGGCGGCGGUGAUUCUUCAAAGGCACAGAAACUUACUGUAGCUUCGUCAAAGUUUAUUUCACCCUACGAACUGCUUGCGGAAGGGGCAACAUCAAGUGGCAGUGGCAGGGCGCGCAAAAGAGACCUAUCGACCGACAGUAUGAUAGAUGACAUUGGUAUCAACCUGCUAAGCAACGGAAAUUCGUACCCCCGAGCAGACUUGGCAAACCAAAGGCCAUCGACGACGACAACGAUGUCAAGUAAGUUUAACAAUAACGACCACAAAGAAGAAUCUUCCAUGAAGCGCAGGGCGGGUGGUGUAAAGGGUGCAGCUACAGUGGCAUCGAAAUCGCCGAUGGCCGUUGGUAUGGCACGAAUGAUUCAUACCGAACCGGCCAACAAACGUACUCCGGCGACGAAAGCGAAUGGCGAUACCAAAAGGGUUACAAGCAGAGCAAAACGAACGGUGGCGCAUUCUUCUACCAAAGAGCACAUACAUGUGCCACCCCGGGAAAUAGAUGGUAACGAUCUUAACCAACCGUCUGAAGUCGGCAGUGUUUCGCACGCGAUGGAAGCAUUCUCCGAGCUGGAACGGAAUCGGUCGCAUGUGCGCGGCCCCGUCCUGCCGUCGUACGUACGCGAAAUACCUUCGAGUAGGAUUUCGGAGAAUUUCCCCCUCCUGGAUGAUGGCAACACGAUCGACACGAUGGAGGAGCAGCUGAUCGAAGGUUGCUUGGACGAAGCCCGGGCUACCCUACGGCAGCGAUAUGGUGGAGGAAGCCGGCAGAGAUUCAUCUCGACGGCCAGCAGUGGAAUUAGUGGGACGCGGGAGGAAGAGGACGAGCAGCUGCUGAUGGAAAUUUCACGCGGAGAAAAGUACACCGAUCGCUUCAACAGCGACAUCGUGAACGAUCUAGCCGAGAUCCUUCGGUCGCCACUGAAAGCAACAUCGUCGUCCGCCGCAACAACGACGACCAGCGUUCCGCCGGUGGACAUAUUAGCAUCCCCUUCGAGCCGCCAUGCGGUGCUGUUGCCACCCAUUGUUGUCAAGCAAGAGAAAACCUUUUUCAAAAAGGAACCCCUUGAUGCUAGUGACAAGAAGAAAGCUCAAAGAAAAAAGACUGCAUCGAAUCGUGUGCGGAAUAAAGCGAGAGUUCAAAGUACACCUUCCAAGCAACAACAACAGCGGGUGGCGGUAGCAAGUGCAUCAUCGACCACCCUGUCCGACCCGUAUGCCAACUCGCUACUGUACAGCCACGGACGAAGACUAACCCGUCGCCAGCUCGAACGCGAGGUCAGUUUUCUCAGAGAAGCGUUUGCGCCGGGCGGAUUACAAGAAACGGACACAUCAUCCAACGUCAUUGGAAACGAAGGAACGUCCGCAGGAGUCGUAGAAUCUACGUUUUCUACCGGAGGGGACAGGUUAGCGGCAGCAACUCCGGUUGUGAUCAAGCAGGAGAACGUGGUUCCAGAAAAGCUUGCCGAAAUGUUGCUUAACGAUGGUAUCGCACUUGGUGCGGGAAGUACCAGGAGUAGCUCACGUUCUUCCGACAACGAUGAGAGUGUUUUAGUUGGUGCCAUGGCGGAGACGACAAAGCAUAAGCAGCGACAACACGGGCAGGAGGAGGGAAGUGAAGAUGUUAAAUUAACUACUACCAGCGGUUACCGGUGUUCAAUAUGUGCGGCCUACUUUGCUGAUCGCUCGCAACUUAUUCUCCACGUGCCGGUGCAUAUGUGAAUGCGUGGUCCACAACCUCAGCCAGGGAAUAAAAUGCCAGGGCCUUUUUUUACAUCUCUUUUUCACCGCACAUCAUGUGGCGGAUUGUUCAUUUCGAAAACAAUGCUAUUGCUACGCCGAUUGGGUGUAGGAAAUGUUACUUAAAAUGAUAUCGUCUAUUUCGAAAGUGCAUAAGAAUACUGAUUUGCAAAAGAACUAAUUUUCCCUACGAAGAACAUGUAAACGAAGGUAAAAUAAUAAAUAAAAAUUAACAUGGUAUACUACUUCGACAAACAUUUUA